AUGGAGUCGAUAUCCAGUCAGUUGCCAGCGGGCCGAGAUUCCAGCUCUCCCCCGACCUCAAAGCAAGAACUGCAGCCUUACUCCAGCACUAGCUCGCUAAAGCCCAAUCAAGUCAGUGAGACCAUAUUGUACGGCGUGCCUAUCGUCUCCUUGGUAAUAGACGGUCAGGAGAGAUUGUGCUUGGCCCAAAUUUCCAACACUCUGUUGAAGAACUACAGCUACAACGAGAUCCACAAUCGGCGCGUUGCUCUCGGAAUAACGUGUGUGCAGUGCACACCUGUCCAGUUGGAGAUACUGAGGCGUGCGGGGGCUAUGCCCAUCUCCUCGCGGCGCUGUGGCAUGAUCACCAAGCGCGAGGCCGAAAGGCUUUGCAAGUCUUUCCUUGGGGCCCAUAACCCUCCUAAGCUUCCAGAAAAUUUCGCGUUUGACGUGUCACACGAAUGCGCGUGGGGGAGCAGAGGGAGCUUCAUACCAGCUCGAUACAACAGCUCCAGGGCAAAAUGCAUCAAAUGCACUUAUUGCAAUAUGUAUUUUUCUCCAAACAAAUUCAUAUUCCAUUCCCAUCGCACACCCGAAUCAAAGUACACGCAGCCAGAUGCGGCCAACUUCAAUUCGUGGAGGCGCCAUCUCAAACUAACUGACAAAAGCUCCUCUGAAGACGUCUUGCAUGCAUGGGAAGAUGUAAAGGCCAUGUUUAAUGGGGGGAGCCGAAAAAGAACGAUGCCACUGAGUGUAUCAGAAAUAUCAUCUCCCCUAAAACCGCAGGGCUCCAGCAACAUUGCGCGGGCAAACUCCCCCGAGAUUCCACACAAAACCCUCCGCUGUGAUGAGGACCGAAAUGCGAUGAGUUUGACCAGUAGUGUGCGUAACUAUCCGGUAAUUCCUGUGCCUAGUAAGAGCUUUGGAAUGCUUCAGAAGAUUCCACCACCCCUGUUUCCACAUCCUUACGGCUUCCCUGCAUUUGGAUUGUGUCAAAAGAAGGACGACAACGUCGGUGAACAGAACAAAGCCAAUGUGUCUAGUGUAUUCUGGCCCGGAGCUAAAGACAGUAUUUACCCCUCUUUCCCCAUGUUUUGGCCUACAACCGGAGGCCUUACACUGCCGCCCUAUCAGCAAUCCAAACCACACACAGAACUCAUAGCUGCCCGCCAGACUGACACGGAACAUCAAGAGACUGAAAGAGGCGGGAACACACCCAGAGACAGUCUAUUUGACAGUGAGCGCUGUUCUAGUUCACAGUCCAUUAGGAACGAGGAGGAUAAAUCUGGAGACGAAGCCAGGUCAGUGGAAGGUCAGCCCACCACACCUCGAAAGAUGAGCUAUGUCUCUGCUUUUAGACCAGUUGUGAAAGACGCAGAGAGCAUAGCAAAACUGUAUGGCAACAGGGACACAUACAGUGGGACCCGUUCUGGUUAUCUAUCACCAGACUUCAUCAGCGAGAGUUCCAGUUAUAGAUCCAUUUCACCAGAGGUGGACAGCGGAGAAGAGCCAGAUGUGGAUGUGGAAUCAAACAAAAUGCAGGAGGACGAAGAGUCAAUCCAACUCUCCGUGGAGGAUCGCGCGAGUCCUGGGGUAGUAGUAUCCUCUCAAGACAAUCAAGAUGAGAACCAAGAGUCAGAGCCCAGACCGAAGCAACAACCUGAAGACAUUCAAAGACCAUUUUAUCACGAGGCUGGGUCGCCUGAUGACGGAAAACAGAGCAAGCAGACGACUGAAAGCAAAAAUACGGCGACGAUGUACGAAGUGUACACCCAUGAAAAGGACGAAAUCGUGCCUUUGAACACCGUGUGUACUUCAGGACCCAAAUUUCCGCGCAACCCCCAAGAAUCAAAUGAUUUACACAAAUCGCAUAAUACCUUAACAGAAAAUGAAAGUGAGUCUCAAAAAUCCCAUCCGGACCAAAUCAACUUUUCCAAGGAGAGGCAGAGCGGUGGAGCAGCGCGCAGUGAUGUCAGUAGAGUUCCACUAAUUGAAAAAGACUUCGAAAACAUGGCGAAAGAGGAGCUCCAGAAACAGCUUCUGGAACAAGUGGAACUAAGGAAAAAACUGGAGCGAGAGUUUCAAAGUUUAAAAGAUAAUUUUCAAGAUCAAAUGAAGAGGGAACUCUCUUACCGUGAGGAGAUGGUUCAGCAGCUACAGAUAGUCAGAGAUACUUUGUGCAACGAGUUGGAUCAAGAAAGAAAGGCACGUUAUGCCAUUCAGCAGAAGCUUAAAGAAGCUCACGACGCCUUACACCACUUCUCGUGUAAAAUGCUUACUCCGCGCCACUGCAAUGGAACCUGUACAUUCAAACCGCCUUUACUGCCACCCUAA